GCCAUCUGUCCCCUCCCUCCACCUUGCCCUUCGACCUCCUUCCUCGAACCUUCAUCAUCUCCUCCUCGAUUUAUAUCUCAAUAUCUCUCUUCUUCUUCUCAUCAUCAUCAUCAUCAUCAUCAUCACUACCAAACCCUCAAUCUUUCAAUCCAAUUCUCGCAAUUUUCUCAUCUCAAUCCCCAAUAAUGGAUGCCGAUCGGGAGUUCCUCAACUUCAGCGACCAGCUCCGUCUCCACACCACCGCUCUCUCCAACCUCUCCUUGGGUGACACCAUCUGGUCCGAAUCCUACCUCACCACCAAGACGACACCGAUCAAUAACGAUCUCGCUGCCGGAACCAGCUGGAAGUCUGGCUUCGGCCCUGUGCAAAAGCUCGCCUUUGCUGAUAACAAAGCCAAUAGAUUCAACAACGAUCAAGGCUCGAUCUUUCCUGAGAAAAGCUUCAAUUACUUUAAUAACAGUGUUCCGACUGGGAAGAAUGCGUUCAAGAAUUUGAACGGUGGUGGUAAGCAGCAAUCGGUGAACAAUAACGCUGCUAUUCAUGGUGUUGGGAGUGGUAAGAAAGGAGGGAAUAGUGGGAAGGGUAAGAAGAACAGUGGUAAUGAUGGUAAUGGUGGAGCUGGUGUUGAUAAACGAUUCAAGACGCUGCCGCCUUCUGAGUCUUUGCCGAGAAAUGAAGCGAUUGGGGGAUAUAUUUUCGUUUGCAACAAUGAUACCAUGCAGGAGAAUCUCCAUAGGCAGCUGUUUGGUCUACCUCAGAGAUACAGAGACUCUGUUAGAGCAAUAACACCAGGAUUGCCAAUUUUCCUAUACAACUACUCCACCCACCAACUCCAUGGCAUUUUUGAGGCUGCUAGUUUUGGUGGAACUAACAUUGAUCCAGCAGCCUGGGAAGACAAAAAGAAACCCGGAGAGUCUCGAUUUCCUGCUCAGGUGAGAGUUAUGAACAGGAAGAAUUGUGAACCCUUGGAGGAAGACUCCUUCAGGCCUAUCCUCCACCAUUAUGAUGGUCCGAAGUUCAGACUGGAGCUGAGUGUUCCUGAGGCGCUGGAUGUCCUUGACAAAUUUGCUGAACAUAAUGCUUGAAGAAAGGAAUUACUGCUACUGGAGUGUAAUAGAUAAUACCAAAGCAUAAUCACAGAUACAAAAAUUUUCCAGACUGUUUUAGUGAGUUUUCAUUGUCCUUUGAAGACAUAAACUGAUCCUGUGGAGCAGUUGAUACUUAAGCAGCAGUGUGAUACAUAAACUAUGGCCUUUGUUGUGUAGGAUGUAUAUAUUUGAAUCAACAAAGCUUUUAUCUUGUGAAAAAUCUUGUGAAAAUGGCCUUUGUUGUUGGCCAUUUUCUAGUAUGAAUAAGAGUGAAAACCUCUUUACUAAUUCCUAAAUCAUGAAAUGAGUAAUAUUAUAUUGUA